AAAAUAUAUCCCCACCUGCCCAUGCAAUAAUUAUAAUUUCUACACGAUAGAACAUGAUACAGAAAACCUUGCUUCAUGAGAUCUAUUUUCACUGUGAAUAGGAUGUAAUACCAAAGAAAAACCCGUGGAUACAAGCUAACAUUCAAGGCAGGUUCACAAAGGAGAAAAAAACAAACUCCCCCAACUUCAUUUUCCCGUUAUAAAGUUCAAAACACCUCGCUAUUUCGGAUCAUCCAUGAUGUUCAAGGCGUUCCUAGCGGUUUUUCUUGGUGCUGUUACGUAUCAUUCGAACCACGUGACCAAUGCAUUGUUUAUAUCUUGGAAAGAAAAACCCCAAAUUACUGCAGACGAUAUUUUUAUUGAUCUGAAAAACUUGUUAGUUCCAGAAAUCCCUAGGUUUAAUAAAAUAAAUGGUAAAUUCCUAAACUUAACCAAGUCUCUGACGUUCGACCAGCGUUGCGAGAAAGGCCUACCCUUGUCAAUGGCCUGGUUACCGAAUCAACCAUAUUCAGGAGUCAUUGGGCCGAAACGAAUCAACAAAACGUUCGGGUUUGUUGCUUUUGGAAUCUUCCCAGGCGUUUUGAAUCAAAUAGUGAGUCAUUGUUGCCCCAAAAGUAAGAUAGUUUACGGUAAGCUGCUUCGAUCAGUGCGCCAAGCAGAGGAACACCUGUCAAAGAACAUGUACGACUUUACUUAUCCUAUUUACGUACAACGCUGGAGCAGUAAGACAUACAAGGAUCAACCUUUCAUUCCUGUGAUCCAUGCCCCUCGCGUCGUGCUUGUCGUUUAUGAUGACGUCAAAAUCUCCAAGACAACGCUUUUGAUUGACACCAUUUUCUAUGCCUGGCCAUUUUUACUAUUUAUUCUUGGCGCGGCUUUGGCAGCCGGGCUGCUGGUCUGGAUACUAGAAAAACUCGCGAACUCAAAAGAAUUCACCAAAUGCUUUAUUAAAGGAGCUUGGGAUGGAUUCUGGUGGGCUGUCGUUACCAUGACAACAGUAGGAUAUGGUGACAAGUCUCCCAAGACUCUGCCCGGUCGAAUCUUCUGCUUUCUUUGGAUUAUCGUUGGCAUCAACAUCGUGGCCAGUUUUACAGCUCUCAUUACAGCGACAGUAACCGCCAAUACUCGCCCUUACUUCAACGCUAUUGGAGCAAAAAUUGGAGCCGUGAAUGGAAGCGAGGAGUUCAGGCUUGGAGUAACAAUGAAUGCUGAUAUGAUAGCGUUCAAUAACCCCUCAACGAUGACAAAAGCCCUAAAAAAGCACGAGAUCGACGGGUUGUUGAUCGAUAACUACGCCUUAACAAGAUUCUCCAACGAUUUCGCGCAAGAGAAAAACAUCCGAUUAGAAUCGACGAUUGAACAUCGAAUCAACUACGGCAUGGUUUUACCAUCUGACUCCAAUAAAGCCGAAACAUGUGUACGUAGGUACAUGAAGAACUAUCGUCAAGACAUCUUUACGAUCAUCGCUAAACAUUUAAAACCUUUAGAACCGGGCAAGGGUGGUCGCUCCGAUUACAGCGUCGAAGCAGCAGGACAGCUUUUUUACCAGGAAAAAUUUUUUCAAAAAGUCAUUAAAUUUUGUGGCGUUGCUGUCGGUUCUCUGGUUGCUUUUGGUCUGAUAUGGGAUUUUGGAUACAGACGGCAUAAGUCAGCAUUCCACAGAGUCUUCGCUGAGAGAUUUGGUUGUAUGCGCAAAGCCGUCCUCUCUGAAGACAAGCUGAUCGACGGCAACCAAGAAUUAACCGCGAUGGAAAAGAAACGAAAAGAACUCCUAAUGGAACACAAAAAGUUCCAGUCAAAGUGGAUAGAUCAACUGUCAACAUUAGGCAGCAAUAGGCAAAAAUAAUUUCGCGUUAUAAUUUUUUUCCAAGAGAGCAUUAAUGUUUAGUAAUAUUUAUUAAUAUUUAUUAAUGCAUAGAUGUUUAUUGAUAUUUAUGCUCUCUUGUCUUUUCUUAAAGUAGUUAGAAAGCUUUUUUCUGUGACUGAUUUCAUAUAUUGUCGCGCGGAUUUUGAAACAUGUGAGGUGGAGGCACGUUAAAAUUCCAGACAGCGCGGGAAACUUUGCGUGACUAGUUGAAGGCGACGAGGUUUCGUGACUUUCAACUAAUCACGCAAAAUUUAAAUUUCAUAUUCAAAGAUGCUAAUCACUAGUAUUUCAAGCAGUAUUUAACACAAAGGAGACUUAAGAGGCCGUAGGAGGCCAUAGGAAGAACUCGCAGUUUAUAUUGCGUCACCAUAGAUUCUGUAAGACGAUUGAGUUGCGUCAGUUAUAUAACAAACUCAGCCUGUAUUCGAUACCCUGUUGGGCGAAAGCCAUGCAAAAAACACGAAAAAACUUAAAUGCUUUGUCAGUUUGCGUCGUAGGAAAAUGACACAUUGGUAUGUGCCCUCUUGUUUUUUUUCGUUUACAUGCUUUACCCGCUUUUCUUUUAGCUUCGUUUAGCUUUUUAUCUUUAUCUUUUUUUUGUUGUUGUAAAUAUGAGAAAGUUCUCGAUAGCAAGACGAUGGAAAUAACAACAGUCGCGCAUGCGCUGUAUCAAGAAAUACCGCUGGUCAACAGAUGGAAUGUAUGAAACAUUUGCAUGUUGAGACAAAUAGAAAAAAACAUAUAUAUAACAAUAGGUCGUCUUUCUUGUAUGCUAAAAAUCAUAAAGAUCUAAUAAUAAAACUUUCUACAGGA